AUGAGCUUCAUACCGGAAGACCCCAACUCGGUCACGGACGACGGACCAUUUUUAGGGGCGACCCCCGGUCCAACGGCAACAGCAACCGUGCAGCCAUCCGGAUCUACUAAGGGUGAGUGUCCCUCGGCUACAACAACCCCCUUAGACCAAGCUUCACAGGCCCCAACUACAACCAGUAUAACCAACGAGGUAGACCCUUCCGCAGACUCGGGAGAUGUCCGCCGUUCCGCAAUCAGGCGUGCACCUGCACCUGCAGCACCAGGUACGCUUUCCAUUAUCUCAUGCAAUGAUCUCCAUUAUAAGGCAGCUCCGUUAACAAUCAAGAGUUUGAUGCGCUUAUAGAUACAGCAGCCAUAGUCUCUCUAGUUAACUCAAGAAUCGUACCACAACAGCUAUACGCCAACAGGAGACCGACAUGUCCGUUCACACGGCUGACGGCAGCGGAUGGCUCUCGAAAGAAUCAUACUGGAACCGUAUCACUUGACGUAACCCUCCCACAGAGCACGUACAGCCACACCUUCAUCGUGACGCCCAAAUUAACAUGGGAUUUGAUGCUCGGCAUUCAUUUCUUAGCACCGAUAUCUUACCAACUGCUUUCUUUUAUUGUAGGAACCUACUACCGGUAAGGACAGCCAUGCUCAAUAUGCACCGUGACGAAGCAUGGCUUUUUCGUUGAAUAAAUUCUCUACAACCAUUAAGUGGCGUUCGAGUGUUCUGACAAUUUGCUUCGUUCGGGGCUUCGCAGUGACGCAUAAAGGUCUGAAAUGGCAAGGAAUGCUGGGAAAAUCGGUAUUGGAAAGGGGGAGGGGGCAAAAACAACAAAAAUCCGGCGUCUCCCUGCGCAUUUUUUUCGAUGAGGGGACACGAGGAGGCAACAACGAGGAUUUUAUCGGACAUAGCCCCCUCGUACCUCUACUCCAGCCCCUCCACAGCUCUAAAGCCGUGUUUGCGUACGUUCGGUGCAGGCGGACUCUGUAUGAUCAGAAUUUGUCAAACUUAGGGAAAUGCGAGGGCGAGUUUCAUCUCCUUCUGUUUUCUUUUUAUUCCCCUAUAUUGCGAUUGAGUCGGAAGAUUUGUCCAAAGACUUCGUUUGUUGCCCCGAGGCCUGCAAGACUAGAGGGUGCCUGGUGGAGCCGGUGCUCACAGGGACUUAUUCACCCUAGCAGAAGCUGGGACGCAGAUCUGGAUCCAGUUGGCGGAUCAUAAGUGUCCGUACCAAUCAAGUGGGAUUAAAUUGUGACUGGAUUUUGCUUGUCUUCCCGAGUUUCGACAUUUCAGUCACUCGUUUCUGUCCAGAGUUACGCCUAAUCGAAAUAAGCUGAGAAAUCAGCUUCGAAGUGCAAAUAACCUUCGUUUCCGCGGAUCACAUUAUCAGCGAUAUCUUCAUCCUUCACUGGGGCUUUUAGGAAACCGCUAUCUGGAGCUUAACAAAGUAUCCUACGAAUACUGACUUCAUCAUGCUAGUGCAGACAAUCUUCCGUCAACGAAGUAGUAGGAAACCAGCAGAAAGCGAGGACUACUGACAAGCUGUCUGCGAAGGCUAAGUCCUUCUCUGCUUUCAAUUGACAUUUGACACUGAAUUUUGUUUGAAAACUAGCUUCGCUUUGUCCUCAGUAAACUAGUCACUAACCAAUUUAGGCCGCACGCUAUAACUUAAUGCAAUCUCGAAGAAAUCUUGCUAGUAUGGGAAUGCAAGUGUUCACGAUCCUACUGUGACAUAACUAACCGCAUCAGGGAUUCGAGCCAGGGAUCCCUCGAACAAGAACCGACACUCCUAACCACUUGGCCAGCCCGGGUGUCCAAGAAAAUAAUAUAUACAUAUAUACACUCAGAAAAAGGCGAUCUAUCACUCAUUCGUAAGCCACUUUCUAUUGUCUGUGAUAAAAAUUUACCGGAAAUACUUAACUCGCUUUGAGCUGGGCGUGAUGAGCCACCGACCAUCAAUGAUGAAGAACGCAGUGCACUACUGAAAUCGACCACAAGUAAAUUAAAUGCUGAAAUGUUGACACGCUGUGAUGGAUGCCGAGGACUCACCACCAGAGUUUCGAAAAUGGAAGUAGACAUCGAUCUCCGCACUGAAAUAAUAGCAUCACUCUUCAAGUAUAACUGCCACUCAGCCACAAUGAGCUCCCUCUCCUCUGACAGGCCAUUAGGUAUGACUGUAAAACCAAUAGCAUCAGACAGCCAAUCAGAUCAAGUAACCAAUACGGAACCGUCUAGGCAGCCACUCAGACCAUGUAGCCAAUACGGAACCUAAAGGUAGGCGUUCACGCCAGAUAUAAAUAGUACAGUCUUGGUCGGUGAGGAAGUCAAGCCCGGCCACGUGGAAAAUUGCGAACGUUGAUAAGGGAAAGGUUGGCGCCGGUGUCUACUAAGGCUGGUAAUGGCUGGUUGUUGAGUAAAAUAUUAAUCGUAAAAGAGGGGGUGCAGGAUAGAUCACAAACAGAAAUAACGUCACUAGGAGCCGACUUACGAGAGAGAUUGUGGCCACAGUGGCGAGCCUCGGGGCCAAAUUCCGCGCAGUAUUCACAGCCAGGGUUAUGGUGGGGAAAUCGCACGGGUAGGUGUGCCUUCCGGUUGAGCGGUCGUGAUUCUGGACGGAGAGAAGCUGUAGUGGGCGCUGGCGUCGGUCUAUGCUCUUUGUGGUAAGCAGUAUACAGUCGGCAUUGCUGUAUCGCGGCGGUUAAACUGGAAGGAGGGUGGAGAGGGAGGAUGUCGGUAGCGUUAGAGUAGCCGAAUCCGGUUAUAAAACGAUGCAGGAUGAGGGUGUCGCGGUCGGGUGGGGCAAAGUUGGGAAAUGCCAAUAGGGCGCGGCGGAACAGCUCGUUCGCGAAUUCAUCCACCGAUCGAUCAUGUGCCUGUCUGAAAGCGGCGAAUCGUUCGGCGGCAAUUCCUGUGGAGGACGGCGUGUCAAACAGCCAUAAAACGGCUCUACCUGCUACGUCGAACUGUGUCGUGUGGUCGAUUCCGGCGUCGAAAACACGUUUACGCGCGGGGGGGGGGGGUUGAAAGGAAUCAUAUCAAAUAGCAAGUGCGUUGGUUAGUGGGGACGGUAACCAGAAAGAGAUCCAAAUCGCGAAGCCAAUCACGUAUGUUGCGCUCUGGGACGUACGGUUCGCGAGCUAGCAAGGGGCCGCGGCCAGAUGUGACUCAAAGGCAAUUUGCUUCCACCCAGAUCUUUUCGGUGUCGGAACCCGCUCCGCCAAGCUCUCGACUUACAGCCUCUCACGUGCCGUGGCCGCCAGACCACCCCUGCCAGCUGUCCUUAUUGUCGCCGACUCGACAGGCGCGCCCAGCGUUGCGGAAACAACCCCCGCCCAAUUCGCCGUCGGUUGCUUCCUAGUAGGUUUGUUUUUACGACUGCAGGUCUCCCGUCCUUGGUCGUGCUAUCUCGAAACGCAUGCCCACCUUUUACUACCCCUGGAACGCUUAACGCCCACAGCGCGCCGUCCUUGCUGGACACUGGAGCCUCUUACUCCGUAGUUUCUACGAGAUUUUAUUGGAUUAAUCAUAGACCUACAAAACCCUUGUCAGAAAGCCUAAGGUUACUGACGAUCUUUACAGCUCGUAACCUACGGAAUUAGGCCGAGGCAUGUUUGCUUGUCAUUAACGUAUCUUUGUAGGCAAUACCGCCAGCUGACCUCUGACUCCGAUGGCGACGGCAAAGUACCCACGCAACGACCCAUACAAGAAGGAAAAUUAAAUGGCUAGCCGACGCCGUCACACAUACUCCAGUAAGAAUCGUUGGUAACCAUCGGGAGAUGGCACCCAAAAAAAUCCGCCUAACCAAAGCAGCCUGUCUUACGGGACAGGUGGUAAUAGGGGUCUUAUGGGUGGUGGCUGGUCGAUAUGUACAAUACUAGCCGACAGAAAGCCUUAUUUGAACAGGUGAAUGAUCGAAGUCGGCCCCCUCUCCGCUCCCUUAUUACAAAAUGGAUCGCCAAAGGCAGUAUAGUGGUAACGGACGAGUGGAAGUCGUAUAAUCGUCUCCCCUCAGAAGGUUAUCUAUAUUUCUCUGUCAAUCACUCAAAGAACUUCAAAGACCCUACCACCGGACGGCACACCAAUGUCAUUGAAGCAUACCGGAGAAGACUGAAAAGGAAACUCCACGAGGGAGGCCCUGUAUGUGGUCGAGCUGUGCGGGCUCACAUAGACGAAGUACAGUAUCGUCUUUGGUUUGGCCUCAAUGCCAUAUCUUUGACAGAUGCCUGGGAACUGUUCCUGUCUCAUGUUGUGCUGACUUUAAAAGUGAUUUUGCUAUGUAAUAAACUGCCAUAAUUCGAAUGUAUGCCGUCUAUUCAGGUGUACGUGUGUAACGAUGGGGAAGGUUGGAUAACAGCGACCAUCGUCCAUGUAACCCCCUGCCAUGUUCGUUCGGCCAGCCCAUGUUAGGCCGUCGCGGAAAGUCCAAGUAGUGAGUGAAAGUAGGCAUGCAGCCACUGAUAUAGCCUGAAGGCGUUUGAGUCCGCUGUUAAAGGUAUUAUUUCUAGGUAACGGAUUUUUUUUGAGUGCCAUCUCCCGAUUGUUACCGAAUCGUUGUAAAAAAGGUAAGCAUUGGACCACGCGACAACACAGAAAAUACAACUUGUGGAGUGAACUAAGUCAGCCAACACCACCAAGGCAUUAUCAGUAAACAGGGUUGUUUGAAUGUAUACUUAAGGCUGCCUCGGAAACCAAGCUAACCUGCCGUCGACAAGCGUCUGACACACGUACAAGAGGAUGUGCAAUCUGUCCAGUAGGACUGUUCACACUCCUAAUGAUAUACAAAUUCAAAUAAAGUAGACUACGCGGCGAAAGAAACUGUUGAAAUUCGAGCAGAUGAGGAGCAGCCAAAACCGGCCUUGGCCGAAACUUUAAAGGCUACUCAAGAAACACGCUGACCAACUGAAGAAAUGCCGCCAUCGCCCAGUUUGUCUCUGUGUAUCAUCGAGACCUAUGAUACCUUCGUUAGUCGGCUUGAAACGAAUGCUGGCUUUGUUCGGGAGGCGGUAUGUACAUAUAUUUGCACACAUCAUUUGGAUGGAUUAUAAAUAAAACGUCUGACCAUCAUUAGCGGCCGAAAGGAGGAAGAGUGUCUGAUGUGGAGGUUAUGCCGGCGCCAAAUGUUUUUCAGCGGGCGGGAGGGAGAGGAACCGUAAAAGGUAGCAGGUGUGUUCAUGAGGAAGGACGCUCACUAGUAGAAGGGAUAAGUCUUGCAUCCACUCCCUAAUGUUCUGUCCGAGUUCGUACAGUUCGGAGGUUAGCGGAGCACUGGGUCCGUGAGGGUGAGGGGCACUAGUCAGUUGCGUUCAUCGGCUGCCCCCACUGUAACCUCCAUCUGGUUCGAUGUAGUGUCACAAUUCCAUUACCCCGCGGCUACCGCUCGCCCUGUCACCGCACACUGCAAUAAACUUAAACCUUACAGAGAUCGCCUACCAACUUGUUCCCCCGAAUCCUCACCAAUCCUCGCUACCGAUCAGGCCCCUCCCGUCCCCUCACCCCUCGUCGAUCUCAGCACUGAGGACAGUGCUCCACCUCACAGGGGGGACUACGUAACAGCCGGAGAACUGACCAGGGGCCCGACCUUGAGUGUUUUAAUGAACUGUCACGCUACAGGCAUACUCCUUCGGCUUCUUUUACAGGAACCGCGCCUCCUAGGUCACGUGCGCACAAAUAACCCGCGGUCUUUCCUGAUAAGUCGUCCCAUUGUCCUUUUUCGUUUUUCCGUACUUUACGUAGUUUAGUCUUCCGUCCUUCCAUGCCGAUAAUAAACUCAUAUCAGUUUACUACCUGUGCUGUCCAUCCCAAGCUCCCCACGCCUGUUCCUCCUGAUCCCGCCCAGUCCGAGAUGCAAGGACUUUCAGACCGGAUUUUCCAAUCAGCAGGACCGUCUGAGUUUAAGCUACUGUCAGUCCCUUCCUGUAUAACCCGUGAACCAGCGUCUCUCUCUCUCGCUCAGCUUCCCUCAUCCCCUUCCUUCACUGCCCGUGGCCUGACGCCCGCUACUCGCUCGGUCGCUACAAUGGUGGCAGCGGGUACCCCACUCGCCCCUCCGAUUUCCCAGUUACUCACGCACCACUCCCCAACCCCACGGUCGAGUACGCGUAUAACCUAGGCCCUAGCCCACUUCUAGCCCCUGAGCCGUACGUUCCAGAGAGCAACAUUCACGAUUGGCUCCGAGACCUGGAUCUUUUUUUAGUCACGGUCCCCAUUAAUCAACGCACGUGCUACCUGAUACGUUUCCUGUCCGCCCCCGCCCGUAAGCGUGCCUUCGACGCGGGAAUCGACCACACAACUCCGUUCAACGUAGCGCGUAGUACUGUUUUGCAGCUCUUUCACACGCCGUCCCCUACAGGAAUGGCUGCUGACCGAUUCGCCACUCUAAGACAGACACGCGACCAGUCUGUCGAUGACUUCGCCAACCAGUUGUCCCACCUCGCCCUAUCGGCGUUCCCCAACAUCCCCCCACCCGACCGCAACACCCUUAUACUGCAUCGUUUUAUAACCGGUCUUAGCGAUCCUAACGCUAUCGACAUCCUUCUCCUUCAUCCCCCUACCAGCUUGACUGCCGCCAUACAACAAUGCCGGUUAUAUACGGCUUACCACCAAGACCGCAGACCCCAUCCAGUGCCCCGUACCGUUGCUCCUCGCUCAGAGCCACGCCCGCCCCCUCGGAAGGUACACAUGCCCGUACGAUUCCCACACCAUAACCCAGGCUGUGAAUACUGCGCGGCGUUUGGCCCCGAUGCCCGCCACUGCGGCCACAAUGUCCCCCGUAAAUCGUCUCCCCAUGACUUUAUUGCCUUUUCUGAUCCAUCUUGCAACCACACGUUUAUGGUUAAUGUUUUACUCAACAACCACAAGUUACCUGCUCUAGUUGACACUGGUGUUCAUAAUUUACCUCAAGAGCACCUUGGACUCAUAGAACCGCCACCGAAAAUCCGCAAUUUACGAGCCACUAACGGGACUAGUAUUCCUAUUUCCGGUAGUAUCACCCUCCAGUUCGUCGUCAACGACUCUACACUGACUUAUCAUUUCCUAGUGACUCCUGUUGGUCCUUGGCCCAUCGUUCUAGGACUUGACUUCCUCACAGAUAACGAUUGCACUAUUUAUACCCGGCAAAGACGCCUAGUGAUAGGCUACCCCACCUCCCCGACUGUAACACCAAGCCCGUCAGACGAUCUCGACCUCGCAUAUAACGCCGUCCUCUCAGCUGCAGCCCUAGAGCCUACCCGUUUGAGCGAUGUCCUACCUACCCUUUCAACAGUCGGCCCCGUCGCCCAUAAGCAAAAAAGCGACCUACUCGCUUCGUUUCCCGACCUGUUCUCCUGGUCCACAGACACGCUCGGCCGUACACGACUGGUACAACACACCAUCGACACGGGCGACGCCAAACUCCUCUGGCAAACCCCUCGACGUAUACCUGUUCGUUACCGUGACGAGGUCGACAAGCCUCUAGACGAGCUGUUACGGGCCAAGAUUAUCCAACCAUCCUCCUCCCCUUGGGCUUCGCCCAUUGCACUAGUUCCCAAGAAGGAUGGUUCCCUACGCCUGUGUGUUGACUACCGCCGCUUAAAUGCAGUAACAGUAAGAGAUUCAUUUCCGUUGCCGCGGCUAGACGAUACACUAGAUGCGCUAGGCCAGGCUGCCUGGUUCUCAACCCUUGAUCUCAAGUCGGGGUACUGGCAGGUGGAAAUCCACCCCAACGACCGCCACAAGACGGCCUUCACUGUCCCCCAGGGUUUAUUUGAGUUACAAACGCUCCCUUUCGGGCUAUGCAACGCAGCAGCCACCUUCCAACGGUUAAUGUACCGUGUACUCCGCCAUCUCAUCCCAUUUAAAUACCUCGUCUAUCUCGAUUAA